GUGGACAGGGAGGGCACCCCCAGGUUCUACCUGAGGAUCCUGGCGGACCUGGAGGACUACCUGAACGAGUUAUGGGAGGACAAGGAGGGGAAGAAGAAGAUGAACAAGAACAACGCCAAGGCCCUGAGCUCCCUCCGGCAGAAGCUCCGUAAAUACAACCGAGACUACGAGGCCCAGAUCGCCGCCUACCGACAGAACCCGGAGCAGUCGGACGAGGACGAGGAGAAAAGCAGGAGGGACUCCGAAGGUUCUGCCUCCUCUUCGGGGGCCGAGGACGAGCCCGGGACGUUCCUGAAGCGCCGGGACCGCGACGAGACCCGGGGGAGGUUCAAGGAGGAGGAGUCUGGCUCGGAGUCGGAGUCAGACGAGGAUUGGGGCGACGACUCCUCGGAGUCGGACUCGGAGUCGGACGAGGACGACGGGAAAUUCACCUCCCUGGCCUCCAAAUUCCUCAAAAAGGACGAGGAACGCCGCGGGGCCGAGCGGCGCCGGGAGGAGAAGGCGAAGAAGAAGCUGGAGCGGAAAACGCGGCGCGAGGAGGAGGAGGAGGAGGAGGAAGGGGGGGAGUGGGAGAAGGUCAAGGGCGGAGUCCCCCUCGUCAAGGAGAAGCCGAAAAUGUUCGCGAAGGGCACCGAGAUCACCGUGGGGUUGGUGGUGAAGAAACUCAACGAGAUCCUCCAGGCUCGGGGCAAGAAGGGCACGGACAGGGCGGCGCAGAUCGAGCUCCUGCAGCACCUGGUGUCGGUGGCCCACGAGCACAACCUGGGGGUGCCGCUGGAGCUGAAGAUCAAGUUCAACAUCGUGGCCUCCCUCUACGACUACAACCCCAACCUGGCCGCCUACAUGAAGCCUGAGCUGUGGCAGAAGUGCCUGGGCUGCAUCGAGGAGCUGCUCGAGCUCCUCUUCGCCCACCCCGAGAUCUUCGUGGGCGAGAACGUCCUGGAGGAGUCGGAGAACCUCGGGAACCCCGAGCAGCCCUACAGGGUGCGUGGGUGCGUCCUGACCCUGGUGGAACGGAUGGACGAGGAGUUCACCAAGAUCAUGCAGAACACCGACCCCCACUCGCAGGAGUACGUGGAGCACCUGAAGGACGAGGGCCGGGUUUGCGCCAUCAUCGCGCGGCUCCAGCGGUACCUGCAGGGCAAGGGCAGCCCCGAGGAGCUCUGCAGGGUCUACCUGCGCAGGGUCCUCCACACCUACUACAAGUUCGACUACGGCUCCCGGCGCAAGGGGGAGGGGCCGGGCCCGGCCAAGGGCGGGGCCGAGGGGGCCUCACCUGGCCAGGUGGGCACCCAGGAGGGCACCCAGGAGGGCACCCAGGUGGGCACCCAGGAGGGAGCCCAGGAGGGGCCGCAGGUGAAGGCGGGGGAGGAGCAGGAGGAGGACGAGGACGAGGACUCGGAGGCGCUGAUGGAGCGGCUCUGCAGGUUCGUGUACGCCAAGGACCGCACGGACCGGAUCCGCACCUGCGCCAUCCUGUGCCACAUUCACCACCACGCUGACUGCACAGCUGCGCUGGUACCGCGCCCGUCACACCUGGGGGGUCACCUGUACCACCUGCAGGACAACAUCCAGCACGCUGACCCACCUGUGCAGAUCCUGUACAACCGCACCAUGGUCCAGCUGGGCAUCUGCGCCUUCCGCCAGGGGCUGAUCAAGGACGCGCACAACGCCCUGCUGGACAUCCAGAGCUCGGGGCGGGCCAAGGAGCUGCUGGGGCAGGGGCUGCUGCUGCGCAGCCUGCAGGAGCGCAACGCCGAGCAGGAGAAGGUGGAGAAGCGGCGCCAGGUGCCCUUCCACAUGCACGUCAACCUGGAGCUGCUCGAGUGCGUCUACCUGGUGGCCGCCAUGCUGCUGGAGAUCCCCUACAUGGCGGCCCACGAGUUCGACGCCCGGCGCCGCAUGAUCAGCAAGCAGUUCCACCACCAGCUGCGCGUGGGGGAGCGGCAGCCCCUGCUGGGCCCCCCCGAGUCGAUGAGGGAACACGUGGUGGCCGCCUCCAAGGCCAUGAAGACGGGGGACUGGCGGCGCUGCCACCGCUUCGUGGUCAACGAGAAGAUGAACGGCAAGGUGUGGGACCUGUUCCCCGAGGCCGACCAGGUGCGCGCCAUGCUCGUCAGGAAGAUCCAGGAGGAGUCUCUCCGCACGUACCUGUUCACCUACAGCAGCGUCUACGACUCCAUCAGCAUGGAGACGCUGGCGGCCAUGUUUGAGCUGGACCUGCCCACGGUGCACGGCAUCAUCAGCAAGAUGAUCAUUAACGAGGAGCUCAUGGCGUCUCUGGACCAGCCGACGGCGACGGUGAUGAUGCACCGGACGGAGCCGACGGCGACGCAGAACCUGGCGCUGCAGCUCGCCGAGAAGCUCGGCAACCUGGUGGAGAACAACGAGCGCGUCCUCGACCAGCGCCAGGGCGCCUACGGGGGGUACUUCCGGGAUCAGAAGGACGGCGGGUACCGCAAGGGCGACGGGUACCUGAGACGAGGCGGCUUCCGGCAGGAGCGCGGCAACUACUGAGCCACACCUGCCCCACGGCGGGGCCCACCUGCCCCACGCAGCCAUCACCUGCCCCACAGAUCCAUCACCUGCCCCAGGGAACCAUCACCUGUCCUACAGAACCAUCACCUGCCCCAUGGAUCCAUCACCUGCCCCAUGGAGCCAUCACCUGCCCCACAGAUCCAUCACCUGCCCCAGGGAACCAUCACCUGUCCUACAGAACCAUCACCUGCCCCAUGGAUCCAUCACCUGCCCCACGCAGCCAUCACCUGCCCCACGGAGCCAUCACCUGCCCCACGGAACCAUCACCUGCCCCAGGGAACCAUCACCUGCCCCAUGGAGCCAUCACCUGCCCCACAGAUCCAUCACCUGCCCCAGGGAACCAUCACCUGCCCCACAGAUCCAUCACCUGCCCCACAGAUCCAUCACCUGUCCUACAGAACCAUCACCUGCCCCACAGAUCCAUCACCUGCCCCACAGAUCCAUCACCUGCCCCAGGGAACCAUCACCUGCCCCACAGAUCCAUCACCUGCCCCACAGAUCCAUCACCUGUCCUACAGAACCAUCACCUGCCCCACAGAUCCAUCACCUGCCCCACAGAACCAUCACUUGCCCCAGGGAACCAUCACCUGCCCUAUAGAACCAUCACCUGCCCCACAGAACCAUCACUUGCCCCAGGGAACCAUCACCUGUCCUACAGAUCCAUCACCUGCCCCACAGAUCCAUCACCUGCCCCAUGGAGCCAUCACCUGCCCCACAGAUCCAUCACCUGCCCCAUGGAGCCAUCACCUGCCCCAGGGAACCAUCACCUGCCCCAUGGAGCCAUCACCUGCCCCACGGAACCAUCACCUGUCCUACAGAACCAUCACCUGCCCCAUGGAACCAUCACCUGCCCCACAGAUCCAUCACCUGCCCCAGGGAACCAUCACCUGCCCCAGGGAACCAUCACUUGCCCCACAGAUCCAUCACCUGCCCCACAGAUCCAUCACCUGCCCCAUGGAGCCAUCACCUGCCCCAGGGAACCAUCACCUGCCCCACAGAUCCAUCACCUGCCCCACAGAACCAUCACCUGCCCCACAGAACCAUCACCUGCCCCACAGAUCCAUCACCUGCCCCACAGAUCCAUCACCUGCCCCAGGGAACCAUCACUUGCCCCACAGAUCCAUCACCUGCCCCAGGGAACCAUCACCUGCCCCAUGGAGCCAUCACCUGCCCCAGGGAACCAUCACCUGCCCCACAGAUCCAUCACCUGCCCCACAGAUCCAUCACCUGCCCCAUGGAGCCAUCACCUGCCCCACAGAUCCAUCACCUGCCCCAUGGAGCCAUCACCUGCCCCAGGGAACCAUCACUUGCCCCACAGAUCCAUCACCUGCCCCACAGAUCCAUCACCUGCCCCAUGGAGCCAUCACCUGCCCCACAGAUCCAUCACCUGCCCCACAGGUCACUCACCUGCCCCACAUCGGGACCCACCGUGGCUGAAAAUUUAAUAAAGGAUUCGUUAACGAGG